AUGGGGUUUGGUUUAUUAUUCAUUGCAUCAGGUACUUUAAUAACAGGAGCAGCCAAUUCAUUAUUAACGAAAUUUCAAGAUAAUCAAUGUGUUAAAAAUUGUUCACCAACAACCAAUAAAGAACCAAUAUAUUUCAAUCAACCAGGUAUUCAAACAUUACAAAUGUUUUUAGGUGAAUUAUUAAUGUAUUUUGUUUAUAUAAUAUAUAAAUACAAGACAUUAAAAAAAUUAAAUAAUCAAGAUUCAAUACAAUUUCAAGAAAAACUGAUUUGGUCAAAUUGGAAAUUUUCAAUACCUGCAAUAUGUGAUUUAAGUUGUACAACUUUAUUAAAUAUUGGAUUAAUUUAUAUACCUGUAUCUAUAUAUCAAAUGACAAGAGGUUCAGUUGUAUUAUUUGUUGCUAUAUUUUCUAUAUUAUUCCUAAAGAGAAAAAUUUCAAAUUUUAAAUGGAUGUCAUUAUUAUUUGUUAGUGCUGGUGUUUGUAUUGUUGGAUUAAGUGGAUCUAAAACAGAAGAUAGUGGGAAUAAAGAGAAUUUAGGAUUAAUUAUAUUUGGAAUUUUGUUGGUUGUUGGAGCUACUUCACUUCAAGGAAUUCAAUUUGUUGUUGAAGAAUAUAUUUUAGAAAAAAAUCCAAUAAUACCAUUACAAUUAGUAUAUAUUGAAGGAUUUUUUGGAACUUUAAUUUUGUUGGUGUUAAUGAUUUUAACAAAUUUUAUUGCAAAAUAUAUAUUACCGAGUGAAGAAUUUUUAAUAUCACCAUUUAAUUUAUAUGAAUCAUUUUAUCAAUUAAUUUCAAAUAAAAUUAUUUUGAUUACAUCAUUUUGUAUAAUGUUAUCAAUAUCAAGUUUUAAUUAUUUUGGAUUAUCAAUAACUCAUCAAGUUUCAGCAACUGCAAGAUCAACAAUAGAUACUUGUAGAACAUUAUUAGUUUGGAUAGUUGCUUUAAUGAUUGGUUGGGAAAAAUUUAAAUUAUUACAAUUAAUUGGAUUUAUUAUUUUGGUGUUUGGAACUCUUUGUUUUAAUGAUGUUAUAAAAUCUACUCAUUUUGAAUGGUUACCUUCUUGGUUAAAAGAUGAUGAUGAAGAAGUUGUUAUUAUUGGUGAUGAUGAAGCUAAUAGAAAUCUUAUGGAUGAAGAUUUGGAAGAGAGAUUAAUUGGUAGAUGA